AACCUGAACAUGUUUCUGAAUUCCCGCAUUACUGGAACUGUAGUCGCCGGUGGCGUGGCGGCAGGGAGUGCGCUAUGGUGGUGGCGUGGCUCCCAAGAAGGAUCGGAGCUGCACUUGGGUAGCAGUGGUGGCAGCAGCACCGGCGGCGGUAUUGGACGGGGACUAAAGCUGCUCUCUGCACAUGUCGUAUUCAGGCACGGCGCCAGAACUCCCAUCCGCCCAUGGCUGCCAGAGCUGAUGCAGCCAGGUGAGGCGACCAUCGACUGGGCGAAUACAGUGCCGGCUGAGGAAGAUCGGGACGCCCGCAUUCCCGUGUACAUCCGCGAUGUCUCUGUGGAUGGAGCUGAGCCGGUACCGCUCCGCUGGGGGAAGUCAACGUGGAGAAUAUCGAGUAAAGUUCCCGGUCAUCCGUCAGGUGAGCUUACCGAGCUAGGAUUUCGUCAAGCGGUGGAGCUUGGCCACACGUUACGAGAGCGCUACAUGAUUCAGCACGGUCUCGUUUCUGAGGUCUAUUCACCAAAGGAGGUCUAUGUGCGCACGACAAGCAUCAAUCGCACGAAGCAGACAGCGCAGGGCGUGCUGACAGGAAUGUUUGGUGCCCACAAGCCAGCCGAGCGUGUGGUGCUGUCUACCAUACCCUGGGAGAAGGAGGUCAUCGUGGGAAACUCUCGCAUUUGCCAAUCAUACAGGCAGCUGGCUAGCCACGUCGAGGUCAGUAUCCGCGGCCAGUCGGUGGCGAACGAGAGGCAGAGAGUCAUGGAGGCACUGGGCAUUCCAGCCGAGAAAAUGCAUUUCGUCUACCUGUAUGAUGUCCUGGCAACAAGGAAGGCACAUGAUCUUCCACUGCCGCUGGGGAUCGUACCAGAACUGCUUGAUGAUAUCGAGGUUGGUGCAGUUCUCUGUUUUGACGACAGCUAUCUGGGAAAGAACAAGAUUCCUACUCUCAAGCUUAGUUGUGGAGUAAUGCUGCACACUCUGCUCACCAAUCUCAAAUCCGACGAAGAGGAUCAGCCAACGCUGCUCCUGUUCUCGAUGCAUGACUCGUUGAUUUCCCCUCUGUUGGCUGCCGUCGGCCCACGUGACAAGACAUGGCCACCGUUCUGUGUUGACGUUUCCUUUGAGCUCUAUCAGGAUAAGGAUGACGACAAAUUUGUCAAAGUGUCCUCCGGUGACAAGGAUAUUCUUGUGGACGGCUGCAGCGCGAUCUAUUGUCCUCUGGAAGAAUUUGUGUCAAGCAUGGAGAGGUUUGCUGUUGACGCUGAGCACCAAAGAGCUCUAUGUAAUGACAGUGCGUACCAAAAGCCUGAAUCGGCCGAGGCUAGGAAGGCCAUGACUUACUUAUAGACUGCAAUGGCUUGCACUGUCGUGUGUGUUCAAGAGCGGUGUGUACAACUUGCCUGGUAGUAAGGUACUCCUUCAGAUGUGGGCCAUACAGCUCUCACAUGACUAACAGAAGAGCUGUUCAUUAGAGGACACACACAUCACUGGCCAAACACGUUUAGAAGUUCACCCACCCACUGUCGCAUGCCUGUGUAUUACCAGCACACCGUCCAGCUGAGCUGUGACAGGUAGUCUGGAAUGGGUGUGGACCCGAGCAGCUGCUGCCGGAAGUACACAUACAUGUACACACAUUGAUCAGUGAUCACCAUACGUCUUGGUCCUGCUCGCGGCUUUCUUACACAUACGCGUACACCUCGUCUGGGCGAUGCAUUCUAGUGCUGACCAGAGAUUCGCUGCAAGAGUUGGUGUCACCGGAGUGCUUCUGUGGUAUUUAAUAAUUUAAUGAAUGUGGCAUUUGUUGCCCAUUCGACUUUUUCAGUGUGAAGGUUUCCGCUUUUCUUUCAUUUGACAAUUUGCAUCAUACAUGGUAUGACAGACACCCUUUGCCAUGAAGGGAGAUUGUGGUUUCCCUUUGGAUACGGAAAAGUCAAGAAGACUGAAACAUGAACUAUGCAAUUUUAUUUUUAGGACCUAUUUAUCUUAGUCUUGCGCACACCUGAAGUGCUCGAAAACUGGUAUUGCUAUCAUGCCAUACCUUGCCACUAUUUUGAAAUUCCAUUUUUUGCAUGUUCAUUGCAUAUUCAUUGUCCGUAUAGGGUUUACCGGGUGUUAGCGGCCGUCGUGAGUUCCCUUCGGGAACGGACACGAUAAUUUAUUUUUUCAAUUUUUUUUAUUGUCAGUAUUUAUCUGAUCUUAGAUUAUGAAAGUCAAUACUACGUAGAUGGCGCUUCACCACCAGAUCUGAUCAGGGAGUCGCCGAAAUAACGGUAUUCAUCACGACACCCUGAUUCUAACUGCUAGUAUCAGUUCUUUAUGCCUGUCUCAAUAUUUUCUGUAGAAAAGAAAAAAGGACCAAGGAACUACAAGGUAUGCUAUACUGUCCACUAACACCACCGGUUACUAAACAAUCAGCUCAUGCGAACGUCAGUCCCGUCGGUCAUUGUCGUGAAAUGUUGUCGCAUGAGCUGAUUGUUUAGUAACUGGUGGUGUUAAUAGUGGACAUUAUAGCGUAACUUGUAGGUCCUUGGUCCUUUUUCUUUUCUGUAAAUUAAUCCUUGGCUCUCCAUCCGAGUCAAUAUUUUCUCAUACGUGUUUUAAAGAAAGUACCUUAAAAUCCGAAUCUCCA